AUGAGAAAAAAGAUGCCAUCGCAGUACGCCAUUGUGGCAGAGGGCCCCAGCCGGGUCCGGCUUGAGUCCAACGUCGAGAUACCUCAGCCAGGAGAAGAUGAAGUUUUAGUCAAAGUUCAUUCGAUUGCUCUCAACCCGGUGGACUGGAAGACCUUGGCCUACUCCAGUACCCCAGGGGCUAUCAGCGGGUGCGACUUUUCAGGGACCGUGGCAGGUCCCGUUGGUCCCAAAUGCAAACGAUCACUGAACGAAGGGGAACGAGUGUGUGGAUGGGUCAUGGGUGCGAAUCCUCUUCGUCCUUCGAAUGGUUCCUUUGCCGAAUACGUCGUGGCAAAGGCCGACCUGCUCUAUCGAAUCCCGGACAAGAUUUCCUUUGAGAGCGCGGCCACCAUUGGAAUCGGUGCGACAACUGGUGGGCUCUCCUUGUUCAAAACCCUCGGUCUUUCCUUUGCCGAACGCAAGGUGACUCCUUCAUCGCCUUCCGUGCUUGUGUACGGAGGAGCAUCCUCGUCAGGUGUCAUUGCCAUCCAGCUUCUGCGGAUGGCUGGGUAUCGUGCCAUCGCCGUCUGUUCGCCCAAGAACUUCGGCUUAGUCAAAGAUCUCGGUGCAGAAGUGGCAUUGGAUUAUCACUCGGACACGUGCGGCAAGGAUAUCCGUGCCUACACGCAGGACGAUCUUGGCUAUGCGCUAGACUGCAUCUCCAGCACGAGCAGCAUGGGGAUCUGCUAUGACGCGUUGCGCAGUCAGCCGGGCGCACGGUACGUCUCGCUUGACCCAUUCCCCGACCGCGUGCAGCGCUUGCGACCAGAAAUCCAUGCUGAAUGGAUUCUUGCGUUCACUGUGACCGGCGAAGAGGUGGGGCUUGGUGGCGCCUUCCAUCGGGACCCAACGCCUGAGGAUUAUGAGUUCGGGAUUUCAUGGUGUCCGAAGAUUGACCGGAUGCUAGAAGAGGAGAAACUUCGUCCACAGCAGCCCACUAUUGUGGAAGGGGGGUUGCCAGGAGUGGCCGAGGGCCUGGAGAGGCUGAAGAGGGGCGAAGUGCAUGCGUCCAAGUUGGUAUAUGUGGUUGGACAGGGGUAG